UUCCCUCGCAAGAACGACAUCUACGAGUGGUGCAGGGACCACAGGGUGCACCACAAGUUCAGCGAAACCGACGCGGACCCACACAAUUCCAACCGUGGCUUCUUCUUCGCCCACAUCGGCUGGCUCCUGUGCAAGAAGCAUCCCGAGGUCAAGAGCCGCGGCAAAAACGUCGACUUGUCCGACCUGCUGGAAGACCCCGUCGUCUACUACCAAAAAAAAUUUUAUCCACUGCUGAUCGUGGUCAUCUGCUUCGGAAUGCCAGUUCUAGUACCCUGGUACUUCUGGAACGAAAAUGUCAUUUUCUCCUUCUUCAUCUGCGUUUGCCUGCGGUAUUGCGUCACACUCAAUCUCACGUGGUUGGUGAACAGCGCUGCUCACAUUUGGGGAAACAAACCUUACGACAAAUCGAUGAGUGCUUCGGAGAACAGGAAAGUUGCCAUGUCGGUCCUCGGCGAAGGUUGGCACAAUUACCACCACGCCUUUCCCUGGGACUACAAAACGUCUGAACUCGGGAGAUACUCUCUGAACCUUUCCGCGGCGUUCAUCGACUUUUUCGCUUGGACCGGCCUUGCGUAUGACCUCAAGACCGUGCCAAAAUCUGUGAUUCUCGCACGUGCGAAUCGAACCGGCGACGGAUCGCAUCACUUGCAACAAGACGGCACUCAAAGCGGAUGACAAAAUUCAACACUUCGUAUCACAAUCGGCGGAUAUUCUUCUCCUUUGCAGAGAAGCAGUUUUUGUUUGCACGGCACGUCGGGAGAAGAAAACUCUCGUCUCGCGAUAAUUUUCGAAGCACUCGAACAAAAAAAAGGAACACUCCAUUUAGCAAAGAGUCGAUCGGAUUUCAUUGCUCCAACUAUCUGGAAUCGAAAAAGAAAACGAAACAGCAUUCAGAAGAUGUACAAGUGUAAUAUUCCCAUGUUAUUCGUGAGAACAGAGAUCUGUCUUCCUAAUAUUUUCCAAUCAUAUAUCAAAGCGUGGGGCAACUGGACAAGAGCCAUACGAAAGCAGGUCAUUCAUUCUUGGAUUUGAGACGACUGAAAUGCGUUCAAGAAUCGUUUCAUUUAACCGGGAAUCUUAUUUCACUUUAUAUUUGUUCUACGGCUUCGGGUUGCACAAAUCGCCAGUCACAUGGGUGACAUUCCGUUGAGUGUAAUUCGACGUGAUUCUAAUUUAAGUUAAUUCUUGGUUUUCGAAUUUUUUGCCACAUGUUGACGUGAGAAAACAUUGUUAUUUUCUUAUUCAAGGGCUUCGGUGCGUUGUAGUUGACGACGGGGAAAAUGAGUUUGUUCGUUGCGUUCGUCCUUGUUGAUUUGGUGCAGUGUUGGUUCAAAGGUAUCUUUUGACCGGGGACCGUUUUGAAAAAUAUAC